GCACCAGCCCCCGCGCCCGCCAAACCUGCGGUGCGGUCCUGGACCCAGCGCCCACGCAGAACCAUCUCUUGAAGCUGCUGCCUUGGCUGCUGCGAGCCCGAGGAGGCGCAGGCCUGACCCGGGUCCUCGCAGGUCUGCGCAUCUGUUCCCAGAGCUCUGGGAGGCCUGUAAAAGAGGAGCAACCCGCCCAGGAUCUCUGCAGGAGGGGAAAUCUCGACAUGGAAAAACCCUACCGCAAAAAUGAAGGAAAACUGGAAAACGAGGAAAAGCCAGAAGACGAAGUAGAGCCUGAAGAUGAAGGAAAAUCAGAUGAAGAAGAAAAGCCAGACGAGGAGGGGAAGCCAGCAAGGGAGGGAAAGCUAGAGGAUGAGGGAGAGCCAGAGGAGAAGGGACAAUCGAAAGAUGGGAGCAAGGCAGAAAAGCAGGGCAAGUCGGAAGGUCAGAGCAAGUCACCAGGGGAGGGCAAGCCAGAAUCCCAGGCAAAGCCAGCCAGCGAGCCGCGGGACGCCGAAAAGCGCCCCGCUGAAGAUUAUGUGCCCCGGAAAGCCAAAAGAAAAACGGACAGGGGCACAGAGGAUUCCCCCAAGGACUCUCAGAAGGACUUACAGGACAGGCAUUUGAGCAGUGAGGAGAUGAUGAGAGAAUGUGCAGAUGUGUCAAGGGCUCAGGAAGAGCUAAGGAAAAAACAACAGAAAAUGGGUAGUUUUCACUGGAUGCAAAGAGAUGCUCAGGAUGCCUUCAACCCAAGGGGCCAGCGGGGUGUCAGGGGAGUGAGGGGCGGAGGUAGGGGCCAAAGGGGCUUACACGAUAUUCCCUACCUUUAAUGCCUUUGGUCAUGGAUUCAGACUUCUCUGAUGAGAUUGCCAGCCCUGCUUUCCCUGGUAGAUACUUGCCAGGUCCUGUGCUUUAACCUUAAGCUGAUAUUUUGCUUUAGGUGUCACUCUUGUUACCAGCAGCUUUUUGAUCUAACUACAGUGCUCUGUCUUUUGGUACAGAAUUUUCACCCCAUGUGCAUGGAAAAGAUGUUCAUGGUACAUUGUAAAAUAAUAAACAGUUUGCAGAACCACAGGUACAGUAUCAGCAAACUUUUGUAAAACUGUAAAUAUGUUGACAUAAUUCAUUUGAACACACAGAAAACUCCGAAAGUGUGUACACUAAAAAGGAGAUAAUGGUUAUUCCUACAUAGUAAACAAGAAUAGGUCUUGCCUAUUCUAUAUAAUGAGUUUGACUACCUGAUGGUUAGGUGCCCCCAUUCCUUCCUGGUAUACCCUCUGUGGGUCUUCCAUAGGUGUUAUCAAGUCAGUGGGCACUGGUGUCCCUUCUCCUGGAUCUUCUACCAUCCUAUGGCUCCUCCAUGUUUGACUAGUUUUUUGAUUGUUGUUCACUGAUCUCUGCUUUUUCUUAAAGGAUAUGGAUUAUGUUUGCCAUCAUCAUAACAUUAAAAUACUAAAACCAGAAAACAAUACAUGAUAAGCAAUUAACUGUUGGUUAAGCCUGUGAUAUCAUUGAAGACAGUUAAAAUUCCAUGUCAAUGUAAAA